UUCGUGCGGGGAUCCGGAGCGCAGCCGGCGAGGAUGAAGGCCGCCGCGGACCAGGCGGGCUACGGGCGCCGCCACCAGGCCGUGCAGAGCGCGGCGGCGAGGGAGCGGCGGAGGCGGAUCACCGGGAAGACGGCGGAACUGUCGCGGCUGAUCCCCGGCGCCUCCAGGCUGAACAGCACCGCCGAGAUGCUGCAGGCCGCUGCCCGCUACGUCAAGCUCCUCCAGGCACAGGUCGGCGUGCUCGCCCUCAUGCGCUCCGCCGGCGAGGCGAAGAAGGAGGUGCCAUCCAUGGCGGAAGAGCGGAUGCACGCGCUGCUGGCGAGCGGCGGCGCGCAGGAGCGGCUCGCCGGCGAGGGCAUGUGCCUGGUGCCGACGAAGCUGGUCCGCGCCAUCGCCGGCGAUAAGGCGAUCAAGUCCAGCCUGGCGGUGAAGCGCGACCUCAACCGCUUCAUGGAGUCGCUGGAGCAUUAAAACCACAGCCAUGGCGAUCGAUCGAGCUCAUGCAUCCGGCCAUGGCGCUGCUGCUGCUGCUGCUGCUGCUGCUGCUGUUGCUGUGUGUUCGUCCUGACCACCUGACGAAAGUGAUUAGGGAGUUUAGAUCAGUAUUGAUUUAGUUAACUGCAUCAGUAUAAAUUUAGUUUGUUUAGUUCUUUUUUUCACGCAUGAAAAUAUUGGCUAAUCUAGAAUUUAAUUAGUUUGGUAAUUAUGGGAUGUGUGAUACUAACACUGCUACUGUAUCUCCACACCUGUGCAUUUGUAGGAUCCUUUAGAUAUAGGUAUAUUAUGCAUUGUCUCUGGUACAUUUUGUUACAUGUAGAUUAAGUUUAUAUUCUCUCAAUAAAAUAAAUUUCUGUUCUGU